AUGUCGCAGCAAAAUCGAUCCUCAAAGCUGCCACUAGGUCCCUCAACCCUUUCAAAAGGGGCAGACCAUGGAGAUAUCGAUACCCUCAAAGGAGCGGACUGUUUCCUGAAGCCCGACGACGCUGUUGGGAUUCCGAUGCACUUGUCGACAAUAAUGAACUGGUCCAGCGACUUGCAUGUAGCAGCACUCUCGGAGUACUGCUCCGACAUGGAAAUCUAUUACCUGGAACUCCCCGCCAUAGAUCACUACGCCAUUGAGGAGCUGCUCAAGUACAUGUACGGCCGCGAUAUUGAAUGGGGCGAAGUAGAUGUUAGAGUCAGGCCGAAGUUUUUCUCAGAUCUCUUAUGCCUUGCCGAUAUCUACAACAUCAAGGGGUUGAGAGAAAGAGUCAUGAAGGAGUUCAAAGAGUGGACAUCGUCCAACAAUGGGCAAUGGCGAGAUAUGGAGCGAGACAUGAACUUGAUCUGCACGUUUCAGAUGCCACGCCCCCUGUGGCAUGUCAUAGUCCAGGAGUGGGCGAUCUUUUUGACUGAAGGGCACCCAGUCGACCGGCAUCGAUACGAGCAGAUCAUCAAUCGGCAUCCAGCGUACGCUAAUGCCGUGUGGCAAGAAAUCGCCCAGAUGCAUUCUGAAAAGGCGAACUAG